CUCCAUUUUCUGAUCGACGAUCUACUCCCUCUCAAUUCCGAAUUGAAAACCCUAAUUUGUUUCCCUCCACUUAGUUCAGUGUAGCUUUCCGCAAAGAAUUGAUAGUUUGAUUUUUCAUUUCUUCACUGAGAUUCCAAAAUUAGCUUGGAGCCUUAAUUUGCUACACGUGGCGAUCUGGGUCUUGCAUCUUGCCUCGCUUCCAUUGCUGCCCAAAUCUCGAAAAGAUGAAAUGGUUGAAUGUGACAGUUCAGCUUCUUUUAUGGUUAGUCACUUUGGAAUCUGUAUAGCAUUUGUUUCAAGAGUUUGGUUUUGAAAGUAAUUUGAACUUUCCAAAUGGAAGCGAACAAAGAAGAGGCACUUAAAGCGAAAGAGGCUGCUGAGAAGCGAUUUUGUGAAAGAGACUUUGCAGGUGCCAAGAACUAUGCAAUAAAGGCUAAAUCGUUGUAUCCUGGAUUAGAGGGCAUAUCGCAGAUGGUGUCCACAUUCGAAGUUUAUGCUGCAUCUGAGGCUAAAUGUAACGGUGACAUAGAUUAUUAUUCGAUUCUUGGAUUGAAGCCUUCUUCAGAUAGAGAUACAGUGAAGAAACAGUACAGAAAGAUGGCUGUGUUACUCCAUCCCGAUAAGAAUAAAAGUGUGGGAGCUGACGGGGCUUUCAAACUCGUAUCUGAGGCGUGGACUUUGUUGUCGGAUAAAAUUGAGAAAAGUGCCUAUGAUAUCAAGAGAAACAAACAGAUGCCUUCUAGAGUGAUUCAAACUCCAACAUAUGGCACUGCGGUUACAGGUUUGAGCAACUGUUCAAAUACUUCACAAGGUAUACUUGAUACUUUCUGGACUGUAUGCACCUCUUGUAAAGUUCAGUACGAGUAUCUCCGUAAGUAUGUCAAUAAGAGACUCUCAUGUAAGAACUGCCGAGGUACUUUCAUUGCCGUUGAAACAGGGUCAGCCCCAGUGAACGGUUCUUUCCCCUAUUGUCCUUGGUCUUAUGUGCCGAGUAACGGAUACACAAGUCAUGGAUAUGAUGGGGUCACAUAUGUCCCAACGAAUGCUACUUCAUUUGCUGGAAAUGUGGUCUCAGGUUAUCAUUCCGGGCAUGGAUUCGAUUAUGUUUCUAACAUGUCUUUUCAGUGGAGUUCAUACUCUGGAACUUCUACUGGGGUCGUGGGCCAUAAUGGAUUAUCAACCAUUUCCACUGAUUCCAUUUAUCAGACCAACAGAGAUGAUCGAGGAGCAGGGCUGAAGAUGAAAUCAAGUGCCAAUGGAAAACAUAUGAAAAAUAUCGUCACUCAUACAAUUCCAUUGUUCAAUGGCUAUAACGAAGCUUCUGGAUCUAAAACUGGUGGAGUUGAGAAGAAAAGGAAGGUUAUUGUUGAUUCCGAAUUUAAAAGUGGAUAUGAAGACAAGGCAUUAAAAUCAUCAGAAGGAGGGUUAGCAAAUGGGAAUGGUGUUGAGCCUGAUCCAAAACCUUUCAAUCCAGGUGAACCACCAACUAGGCGAUGCAUAACACCACCGACAGUUGAUACUAGGAAGUUGUUAAUUGACAAGGCUAUGACUGAAAUUCGAAAGAAAUUAGAAGAGAUUAAGUUGGCUUCAGAAGCAGCUGCCGCAGCCGCAACCUCAGCCUCAACCUCGGCAGUUAAAUUAGGCACUGAUGGAGUUCAACCACCACCAGUCUGCAAGUCUCCCAAGAUAUCGGAUUUAAAUGUUUCUGUUCAUCAAUCAGCAUCACAUAAAAGUGCACCAGUCUCAAUCACAGUUCCGGACUCCGACUUUCAUGAUUUUGACAAAGAUAGGUCAGAGGAAUGCUUCAAACCAAAGCAAAUAUGGGGACUGUACGAUGAAGAUGAUGGUAUGCCUCGAUUAUAUUGCUUGAUUCGCCAGGUUGUCUCUGUAAAACCAUUUAAGAUUCACAUCACUUACUUGAACUCCAAGACUGAUAAUGAAUUCGGGUCAGUGAAUUGGUUGGAUUCUGGGUUUACUAAAUCCUGUGGGCACUUCAGGGCAUGGACUUCUGACGUCAUUGAUCAGGUCAACAUUUUCUCUCAUCUUCUGAGAGGAGAAAAGGCUGGAAGGGGAGGUUGCGUUCGCAUAUUCCCCAAGAGUGGUGAUAUUUGGGCUGUUUAUCAGAAUUGGUCACCAGAAUGGAACAGGUCGACUCCCGAUGAAGUGAAGCACCAAUAUGAGAUGGUGGAGGUGCUCGAUGAUUAUUCUGAAGAGCUUGGAGUUUGUGUUACUCCCCUUGUCAAGUUAGUAGGAUUCAAGACAGUGUAUCAGAGAAAUACAAAAAAGGAUGCCAUUAGAUGGAUUCCAAGGAAAGAGAUGUUCCGCUUUUCGCAUCAGGUUCCUUCAUGGUUACUUCAAGGAGAAUCCAGUGAUUUACCCAAACAUUGUUGGGAUUUGGACCCAGCGGCAAUUCCGGACGAACUUCUUCAUGCUGCAACAGAAGCGAAGGCUUAACAGAACCUGGUCUUGCAAGAAAUGAUAAAGGAAGAGGCAUGAUUAGUUUGGAAUUUGGUUUACCAUUCAUACAGAAAAACUAGAUUUGACUGUACAAACAUUUCACACUAUGCUUAGCAGCCAAUGCAACAUUAACUCAUGAUUUAGAGGAUGUAAUAUUGCU